AUGUUAAGUAGUAUAAUAAAAAAAGGAUUAUUAUCUAAUAAUCCAUUGACACGUAUACCACGUUAUGCAUCAACCAGUGGUCAACAAACAGUUUUAGUUGUACUCUAUGAAGGUGGUGACGCUGGCAAAAGGAAUAAAAAUAUUUUAGGAUGUGUAGAAAAUGCACUUGGCUUACCCAAAUGGAUAAAAGAAAAUAAUCUUGAAAAUCGUCUUAAACUUGUUGUAACAUCUGAUAAGCAAGGUGAAAAUUCUGUUGUAGAAAAAACUUUACCCGAAGCCAGUGUUGUUAUAUCGCAACCAUUUUGGCCGUGCUAUCUUGAUAACAAACGUAUUGAUAAAGCAAAAAAUCUAAAAUUAGCCAUUACAGCCGGUGUCGGUUCUGAUCAUGUCAAUUUAGAAGCUGCAUGUAAACGAGGAAUUACUGUUGCUGAAGUAUCAGGUUCAAAUGUUGUGAGUGUUGCUGAACAUGUUGUCAUGCAAAUGUUGGCACUUGUACGAAAUUUUAUUCCUGCUUAUAAACAAGUUAUCAAUGGCGAAUGGGACAUAGCACAAAUUGCUGAUAAAGCCCGUGAUUUAGAAAACAAGCAUAUCGGUACAGUGGCUGCUGGUCGUAUUGGUCUUCGUGUUUUACAACGUCUUAAACCAUUUAAUGUUCAUUUACAUUAUUACGAUAAAUUUCGUUUGGAUAAAUCUAUUGAAAAAGAUCUUAAUGUUAAAUAUCAUUCAAAUGUUGAAUCAUUAGUUAAAGAAUGUGAUAUUGUUACAAUCAAUUGUCCAUUGCAUCCCGAAACAGAACAUAUGUUUAAUAAAAAAAUGAUUUCAUUAAUGAAAAAAGGCAGUUAUCUUGUUAAUACAGCACGUGGAAAAAUUAUAGAUCGCGAUGCAUUGGUCGAUGCUAUUAAAUCAAAUCAUCUUGAAGGUUAUGCUGGAGAUGUUUGGUAUCCACAGCCAGCAUCAAAAGAUCAUCCAUGGCGUUCAAUGCCACGUCAUGCCAUGACACCACACUAUUCAGGCACAACACUUGAUGCUCAAGCACGUUAUGCAGCUGGUGUUAAAGAAAUUCUUGAAAAUUGGCUUAACGGACGACCACAACGUGAAGAAUACUUGAUUGUUGACAAGGGCAGAGUUGUUAGUAAUGCUUACACAGAAGGCGAUGCAACAAAAGGUCACUCAGGAAAUAAAUAA